UUCCUUUCAAUUAUUUUUUUUUUGUAAAUUUCCCUUCAUUAAUGUUUCAUUUUUAUUAUAAUUCUUGUAUUUAAUCUGUUCGUUCCGCCUUUUCAAACGCUAGUAAGCCGGGCUAGCUCUUUAAUAAUAAUAAAUAUAAAGUUUAUUUUUCCAAUUAUUGAAAAUUGUUUGUUUAAAUGGGUUGCCAUUCCAGCAAACAUUUACCCCGUGAAUUAACAGAAAUAGAUCCUUUACCUACUAAAAUUUGUCCAGCAUGUAAACAACAACAUACACAACGUGGAUGGUGUCAGCCAUGCGAAAUAAAACGAUUUAAAGAAGAUUUUCAUAAUUGGACAAGUGGAAACAAUGACCUUGAUAAUAUAAUUAGACAUUCUCAAUUAAAUACAACAGGUCCUCUAAUGUUUUUAGAAUGGAUACCUUAUGAUAAAUUUGAAAAUAUCAAAGAAAUAGAUCGAGGUGGUUUCGGUGUUGUAUACAAGGCAACUUGGGAUCUUGGGCCUAAAUUGUAUUGGGAUGAUUCAAGACGUUAUUGGGUGCGUGAGGGUGAAAAACAGGUUGUUCUUAAACGUUUGCAUAAUUCUAAUAAUGCGAAUGCAGAAUUUUGGAAUGAGCUCGACCGUCAUCGAUACAAACAAAAUAAGUAUAUUCCUCGUUGUUAUGGAUUUAGUAGAUGCCCAUCUACAAAAGAUUAUGUAUUAGUGCUCGAAUUAGUGGAUGGAGAUUUGAGGCAUCAUCUCAAGAAAAAUUUCAUAGAUAUUACAUGGGAAAAAAAGCUGGGGAUUGUUUAUAACAUUGCACACGGACUAAUGACAAUUCAUAACGCUGGUUUAAUUCAUAGAAACUUUCACACCGGUAAUAUACUAAGACAUUUUAAUGGAUCACAAUUCUUAACUUAUAUUACAGAUUUGGGACAAUAUAGACCUGCAAACAAACAAAAUUACGAUGACGUAUAUGGAGUUUUAGCUUAUGUGGCCCCCGAAGUUUUACGUGGUGAAGAAUAUACUGAGGCCUCUGACGUAUAUAGUUUUAGUAUAAUUAUGUGGGAAAUUGCAUCAGGGCAGAAGCCAUUUUAUGAUCGUCCACAUAAUGCGGAACUCGCACGGGAAAUAUGUAAUGGGCUUCGACCAUCAAUAAUAAUGGAAACUCCACAAUGCUAUGUCGAGCUUAUGGAAAAAUGCUGGAAUGCAGACCCUAAAGAACGUCCAGAUAUUAGAGAGUUGGAAAAAUCCUUGAUGUCAUGGGGCUGGCAUAUGGGAAUGUCACAGAAACAUAGCGUAUCUGAUCAAUUUAUUUCUGCUGAGAAAGAAAGAUUGCGAUUAUUAGAACACCUCGGUUCUCAGCUAGAACCCUUCAAGAAACCGCAUCCAGAAUCUUUUUAUAAAAGCCGUCUUUUGAACUUUCCCGAUUUACCAAAACCUCGAAAUCUUUACGAUAGCACCAGUGAUUCUAAAGAUCAAAUUCAUUCGAUUUCUGGAAUUUCUAGUGAUGAUGAUAAUACUGUAACUAAAUAUCAAUGAAACUUUGUUCAAGAAAUGGCUUAAAUACCUUCGAAAAUUGCUCCUAACAAAUCCAACUUACAGUGAGGAAGACUUCAAAGAAGGCACAGAUUAAUUUCAAAGUUGUAGUUGGUUAUAAUUUAUGAAACUGGACUAACCUGUAAUUACUGUGUAUUAUAACUUUUAUCUUAUAGUAAGUUUCAUAAUGAUCAGGGGUGGGCUUUAUUUGUGAAUUAUUGAACAUUUGUUGAGUUAAUUUCUUUUAUUUAACUUUAAUUUCUUUCUUUUGGAAAAAAAAAAAAAAAAAA